CCAGCUCAGGUGUGUGUUGACGAUUACCACCACCACUACCACCACUGCCAGCUCAGGUGUGUGUUGACGAUUACCACCACCACUAGCUCAGGUGUGCUUGGCUCACCUGAGGGCUUCUACCAUCAACACGAGGUAAAAGAAUCUCUCGUUCCAAGCUCAAAAGUUUUCCUUAAACUAAACAAGACAUAGACGGGGAUAAACUGAAGAUAAUCUGUCUCUAUGUAUGUCUGAAGCCAAGUUAUGGAUAAUGUGUUUCAGUUCAGUCAGUUAUCAGUCUAUGAAACGAAGCUGUGAUGGUAAAUACCCUCGAUAAGCCUCAGGGGUGAAACAUACUGAGGAUAUUUACUGACUUUUUUAUUGAAGUCUUAUAAGUCUGUGAAAUUUGCUGGAGAAACAUAAUAAUUUUCUCUUACUGUAGGAGAGAGAGAGAGAGAGAAAAAAAAAAUUUAUAUAGAAGAAUAAAUUGGAGUUCCAUCAGCCUAACUUUGACGCUAAGUUCCGUAAGAGUUUGAUACGAGACAUUGAGCGUAACAUUACAACACUGAACUGCAUAUGAGUUGUGUUAUGGUAUAGUGUUCAGUGUUAUGGCUUAGUGUUAAGACAUAGUGUUCCGUGUUAUGGCUUAGUGUUAUGACAUAGUGUUCCGUGUUAUGACAUAGUGUUCAGUGUUAUGACAUAGUGUUCAGUGUUAUGACAUAGUGUUCAGUGUUAUGACAUAGUGUUCAGUGUUAUGACAUAGUGUUCAGUGUUACGAAUAUAAUGAGAGACUUUUGCUGAAUCUUCGCGAAAAUAUGAGAAACGACAAUGCAAAUCAUUAUAAUAUUAUUCUAAAUUGAGUUAUCAAGAUACUAAGUUACUAAAUAGCUCCUGUAACUUACCUCUAAUCAACUCUUGUGGAUUGGAUGUGAUUCAACCUCAACAUGACCUGAAAAUAUAAGAAAAAUCAGUUAGUAUAAGACGACUAGAGUACUGUGAAGUGAAUUCGUGUUUAGAGCAACGUGUGAGAAGUAUAAACAUUAACAUAUCAUGAAUCAUUAUGUACUAAAUCUCUUUAAUCUAUAGUGAUGAAUCAACCACAUGUCAAGUGAAUCAUGUGACUCUGUUUAUUAGAAUGUCAUUAAUAACAAGACUUUAUCAUCAAUCAACUAUGAUAUAAAGGUUAAAAUAUACCUAUCAAAACAUUCUAUUGCUAAGACAUUUUAAAGACUACAUACAUAUCACUUGUAUAACAGUGAGUGGUCGCGGUAAGACAUUAACAGCGUGUUGUGGAACGAGUUUAUCGGUGCUGGUGCCAAGCGACGGUGCCAAGACCUUCUUCAGCAUGGCACACCUGGGAGAUGCUGUCACCUGUUCCAUCCUGCUGCUCCUGACGCUGGCCCGGGAGUGCUUCAGUACAGAUGUUGGGGUCAGCCUGGGGUGGAACUGGGAGAUGUGGUGGACCUACGACGGUAUCUCAGGACCGGAAUUCUGGGGCGUCAUCAACCCGGCCUGGGCGAUGUGUUCUGAAGGUAGACGCCAAUCACCUAUCAACCUGGACCCCCGGACCCUCCUUCAUGACCCCAACCUGACCCCCAUCUCCCUUGACAAGACCCAGGUCAAAGGAAUACUGGUCAAUACAGGUCACAGUCUAGAGUGGCGGGUGAAGCCUAUGUCAGGUCCUCCCGUGAACCUGUCAGGUGGACCUCUCUCCUACACCUACGUCGUCAAUCACCUUCGUCUGCACUUCGGGGAGCGUGACCUACAAGGCUCCGAGCACACCAUCUCUAACUAUGCCUUCCCGGCCGAGCUGCAGAUUUACGGUUACAACGCGCAGCUGUACCGAAAUUUUAGUCAGGCGGCCAGUCAGGUGUACGGAGUGGUGGGCGUAGCAGUACUUGUCCAGCUGGGUGACCGGACCUCCCCCGCCCUGGCCACUAUGUUGGGGAGUCUUCCAAGUGUUAAAUUUGGUGGCUCUUCGUCAGCAGCCCACGAGCUGAGGGUGAGCGAGUUACUGCCCACGACGGAGCAGUACCUCACCUACGAUGGUUCUCUGACCGUACCAGCGUGUUAUGAGACGGUCACCUGGAUACUACCAAACAAACCGCUAUAUAUCGCCUUUAGUCAGAUGCGCAGUCUGAGGCGACUCAAGCAGGGAUCGUCUGACUUCCGCAGAAACGCGCCCGUGGCCAACAACUUCCGACCCCUGCAGUCUGCGCAUCACCGCACCGUCCGAACUAAUAUUGACUUCGCCGCAGACAGCGAGGGGAAAAAGUGUUCCGUGUCGGAGCCGCGAUUCCAUUAUCAAGCUAACGAUUGGCUCAACUCCUGACCAGUAGUUCGGCAAGAAAAAUGUACAUACACUGUCAAGAAUCGUCUGGAUGUUUGUUAAUACUGUAAAUAGCUUUCCAGCAUUUGGCAUAUAUUUUGUUAGCAUGACACGUGUUAAGGUCGUCUGCCCCGUGGACGACGAGAACACAUACCUCCGGCAAUAACUUAAUAUCCAAUAUAUGAUGUUUACAUUUGUGGGUCAUCUAAAGGACGGACACACCACCUUAUUUCACCUGAUGAUUACCUACACGGACGAUCACUGGACCUGAUCUCACCUAACCUAAACUAAUGUUAUGUAAACCAAAUUUAACCUAAUCA